AUGGCUAUGGGAACCAACGACCAGCAAGUCAUACACCCCUUCUUCCGACAAGAAUUUGGUGUAUCUGUCAAAUCUAUCCCCUCCAAUGAGCCGAUCUCGCCUGUGAAUACCCAUGCAUACGAGCCUCAACCGAUAAGCAGCGGAAGCUCUACGCACGAACAGGACUUACAAGCCUUGGAGAACCUUGACUCGAAAGUUUCAAAAAUAAACAAUGAAAGUUCUUUGAAUCUUGACGAAGACCUAAACGAGGAUCGGAGGAAGAGACGAAGAACUGACAAAGCCCAAACCACCGAACCCACAACUGCUUCCAGUGCAGGUCUCUCAGAAUGGCUCGGCCACAACACGACCAACAACGUCCCUGCGUCAACAGAUCAUACCCCCGAAACCGAAAUCAAUUCGUCUACAACAAAGCUCGAGGCUCCGCUGGCGGAGACUCAACUUCCCGGAGAUGAACUUCAACCAUUGGAACCUACCACGAACAAGAAACCGGAGGAUCGAGUUGUAAGAACCUCUGCGAGACAGAAGAUCCUUAAGCUGAAUUCGAAGGGAGGGUUCCUGUCGUCACCCGUCUCCAGUCCUCCCCGAGAGAUAAAAAAGAAAACCACAGGGAAGAGGGGAAGGCCACGAAAAGCUGAGAGCAAGGUGGUGACAAUCAAGUAUAGUGUUGCCAUGGACAAGAACACCGGGAAAUUGAUCGAUGAUAUUCUAGGCGGCCGAGUGGUUCAAAAACCCCCUGCCGCUACACCCUCUGUUCAGCCGUGCAAGACGAAAACAAAACCCCGGAAGCCCACACAUCCUUUUUUCAGCAAGAAACCGGCACAGAAAUCCGGACCCGCGAGUUUGAAUGGAUCACAAUCGGACAAUCCAGAUACCAGUGCCGGCGUGCCCUCAAACCAAGCCACAGCGGGAGCCCCAGACAGGAAGCGGAUAGUACCAGCUUCGGGUGGUUCGUUUACCAGUUUUCCCCGUCGUGCCUCUAGGUUUCCUGAACUACUUGAUCCACUUUGGCCACCGCAAGAUCUUGUACAUGUCACAGACGUUCAGCCGCCCCGACUUGUCAAUGAUCGUGCCUGGCAUACUACCCAGGACCGAAAAAAAUCGAAGAUUGCAGCUAUCUCGAUUAGAGAUGAAGAAAAUGUCCUUCUAGUAGGAACAGCUGAAGCAAGGAGGAUUGCCAGCCUGCCUAAACAAGAGUACGAUGCUCUAGGUAUUCUUCGCCAUCCCGUGCGACAUGUUGCUAGCAGUCAAGUCUUGCAUACAGCAAUGGAAAGACAGAUGUCGUGGUCCUCACCUAACCGCCAAUUUCCUUGGAAUUCUUCUAGUCCCCCGCUUGCCAGACUUCGAUCGGCCCUACUCACGUCAGUUUCAGCUUUCGACUGUGCAACAUAUGAACCGCAGCUUUGGACGCACAAGUACGCCCCUCAGUCAGCCGAAGACGUCCUCCAGCUUGGCCGUGAACCACAUAUGCUUCGAGAUUGGCUCCGGAACCUCAAGAUCACAGCAGUGGACACCGGGAAAUCAUCGAAGGAAAAUGCUAAAGCGAAGUCGAAGCGGGAGAAAAAGGCGAAAAAGCGCCAGAAAGCCUACAAACUGGACGAUUUCGUGGUGUCUAGCGACGAGGAGGCCUCUGAGAUGGACAAUCUCCCUGGCUCCGAUGACGAGUUAGCGGGCGGCGUGACUACGACACCUCAACGGACAGUCAUCAGGUCGGGUGAUGUAGCAUCUGGGCUACAUGGAGUAGAAAAAAAGACUCCAAUGACCAAUGCGAUUCUUCUUAGCGGCCCGGCUGGCUCCGGCAAAACCGCUUCUGUCUACGCCGUUGCAAAAGAGCUUGAUUUCGAGGUUUUCGAGAUAAAUGCCGGAAGCCGACGAAGCGCCCGAGAUAUGCUGGAAAGAGUCGGAGAUAUGACGCAAAAUCACCUCGUUCAUCUCCUCAACGAAUCCGAUAAUUCAACAGACAACGACAAGGAUUCUGCCAAGCAAAACAAGCUGAAGAGCUUUUUCAAAGGUACAUCCUCAAAAGCUAGCAAUCCGGGUUCCCAGUCUGGCGAACCUAGCCCUAAGCCAGAAAGUGCGCCCAAACGCCCCCGGUCACAAAAGCAGUCCUUGAUCCUGCUCGAAGAAGCCGAUAUCCUUUUCGAAGAAGAUCGACAAUUUUGGACUGGUGUCUUGACUCUUAUCAGCCAAUCUAAACGACCGAUCGUCAUCACCUGCAACGAUGAGAGUUUAAUUCCCACCCAGGAUAUGUCUCUUCAUGCCAUCCUACGAUACCGGAAGGCUGCUCCUGACUUUAGCGUUGAUUACUUGCUUUUGGUUGCUGCUAACGAGGGACAUAUGUUAAAGAGAGAAGCCGUCACUAGACUUUACCAAGGAUCCGGAAUGGACCUUCGGAAGUCAUUAAUGGAUCUGACCUUCUGGUGUCAGAUGGGUGUUGGUAGCGAGAAAGCAGGAUUAGAUUGGCUGCUUCCUAGUUGGCCACCUGGGUCAAACGUGGAUCAUGAUGGGGACCGACUUCGGGUUCUGAGCCUGAACACCUACGAGCGAUAUAUGGGCUGGUUCAAUCGUGAUAUGAUUUUGACCCAAGGCUCGUUGGAUGAAGAGACGGAGAUCAUUCGCAACAGCUUGAAAUCGUGGGAUCUCGGCCUACAAGAUUCCGAAGACAUGGCUGGGAAGAGUCAAGUUGAACUUCUGCCCCCUGAUCAACUUCAGUCCAUCCCCAAGACAACGCAACUCGACAUGCUGUGCCGGGAAGCGGAUUACUAUGACAUGAGAAGUUCUCUCGACAUCCUUUGCUCUAGCCUUUCCACGGAUACGAGAACUGAUGCUGUUGAUAUAUCCGCCCCACCGCCGCCGGAAGGCUAUAGAUCUAACUAUCUUGACAAUUAUCCGCUCCUGCACACAGAGCUGCGAACAGAGUAUUCAUGCCUCAGUGAGACUGUCAGCAGUACAUUUGAAGCGUUAAUAAGCAAAACUUUCCGGCCUUCGACCACCGAGGACUUGGAAUCGCAAUAUGCGGGCCGAGUCUUGAGCAAAAUCAUCAUCUCUGCAAUGCCCCCGCAAACCCCUCCCUCCACUCUCCCUCAAUUCCAGCGAAUCUUUGAACCCAUCAUGCGUGCCAACUACUCAAACCCUACACCAACCGCCCGCCACGCCCCCUCGUUCGAGAAUGGACUCGCCCCGAUCACGGAAGACUUGGCGCCGUACAUCCGCAGCAUUAUGGUGUUUGAUGCUCGCCUCCAGCAAUACCGGGAGAUGUUGUAUGCGCUCACAGCGCAGGAACACGGGCGCGACAAGCGGUCACGCACGACACGUGCUAGCCGUGCGGCUCUCGAAGGAGGUGACAAAGCCUCAACGCGCAAAGAGAGGUGGUUCGCUCUAGACACGCCUUACUACAAAGUGCAAGGCACUGCAGGGCCCGAGUGGCAGAAUGUCUUGUUUCAGAUGGGGUAUUUCCAUAUCCAACCUAUGGUUGAGGCAUCCCCUGAGCGCAGUGACCAUGUAAGUGAUCAGGCCAUGGAGAAUGCCGAGUGA